CCUGCCCGAGCUGCAGAUGUGGCGGAGCGGCCGGGCGCCGGGCGGCCGUGCCAGGGGAGCCCGCGCCCCGUGAGCCUCGCGCCCCGGCCCCCGCCCGCCCCGGCCUCUCCCCCGCUCCCCCCACCGCCCCCGACCGCCGGAGCCCGCAGCCAGGAGCACGACCGCCCCCGCCGCCGAGGUUCCUGCCUAAAGAUCAGCUGGGUGCCCCCUUCUGCCUGCUAUCCCCUCCAACGCCAGCACCCCAUCACCAUGCACUCCUUGGACGAGCCGCUUGACCUGAAGCUGAGCAUCACCAAGCUCCGAGCGGCGAGAGAGAAGCGGGAGAGGGUGCUGGGUGUGGUCCGGCACCGCACUCUGCAAAGGGAGCUGGGCCUGGUGGAUGAUAGCCCCACACCUGGCUCCCCAGGCUCCCCACCCUCAGGCUUCCUGCUGAACCCCAAGUUUCCUGAGAAGGUGGAUGGACGCUUUUCUGCAGCCCCUCUGGUGGACCUCAGCUUGUCACCACCGUCUGGACUGGACUCCCCCAAUGGCAGCAGCUCACUCUCCCCCGAGCGCCAGGGCAAUGGGGACCUGCCUCCAGUGCCCACUGCCCCGGACUUCCAGCCACUGCGAUAUCUGGACAGUGUCCCCAGCUCCUUCCAGUUCUUCCUACCCCUGGGCUCUGGGGGGGCCCUGCAUCUGCCUGCUUCCUCCUUCCUCACACCCUCCAAGGACAAGUGCCUCUCGCCAGAGCUGCCCCUGCCCAAGCAGCUGGUGUGUCGCUGGGCCAAGUGUAACCAGCUCUUCGAGCUCCUGCAAGACCUGGUGGACCAUGUCAAUGACUAUCACGUCAAGCCUGAGAAGGACGCAGGGUACUGCUGCCACUGGGAGGGCUGUGCCCGCCAUGGCCGUGGCUUCAACGCCAGGUACAAGAUGCUCAUCCACAUCCGCACGCACACCAACGAGAAGCCGCACCGCUGCCCCACCUGCAAUAAAAGCUUUUCUCGCCUGGAGAAUCUGAAGAUCCACAACCGGUCCCACACAGGUGAGAAGCCCUAUGUCUGUCCCUAUGAGGGCUGCAACAAGCGCUACUCCAACUCGAGUGACCGCUUCAAGCACACUCGCACCCACUACGUCGACAAACCCUACUACUGCAAGAUGCCUGGCUGCCACAAGCGCUACACAGACCCCAGCUCUCUGCGCAAGCACAUCAAAGCCCAUGGCCACUUCGUGUCUCACGAGCAGCAGGAGCUCCUGCAGCUACGCCCACCCCCUAAACCACCACUGCCCACCCCUGACAGCAGCCCCUAUGUUAGUGGGGCUCAGAUCAUCAUUCCCAACCCUGCUGCCCUCUUUGGAGGCCCCAGCCUGCCUGGCCUGCCCCUGCCCCUGGCCCCUGGCCCCCUUGACCUCAGUGCCCUGGCCUGUGGCAAUGGCGGGGGUGGUGGGGGUGGUGGGGGUAUUGGCCCUGGGCUGCCAGGCCCUGUUCUGCCCCUCAAUCUGGCCAAGAACCCACUGCUGCCCUCUCCCUUUGGGGCUGGUGGACUGGGCCUGCCUGUGGUCUCCCUCCUCACUGGCUCCGCUGGCGGCAAGGCAGAGGGGGAGAAAGGGCGUGGGUCAGUGCCCAGUAGGGCCCUGGGCACAGAGGGCUGCAAGACUCCCCUCGAAAGGACGGAGAGCAGCCGCUCCCGGCCAAGCCCCGAUGGACUCCCCCUGCUUCCAGGCACUGUGCUGGACCUGUCCACAGGCGUCAACUCAGCAGCCAGCAGCCCAGAGGCACUAACUCCUGGCUGGGUGGUCAUCCCACCAGGCUCUGUGCUACUCAAACCAGCUGUAGUGAACUGAGCCUGCUUACCUACCUACCAGCUAUGACAGCUCAGCCAGCAGCUCUGGGCCCCACCCUGACGAACAGAAACUCUUCUGCGAAAUAGCAAUAAUGUCCUACUGCCCUGG